AUGGUCAUUGAAGCCGGUCCCGACUGUCUGAAUGCGCCUUCGAUGAUCAAAGACAUUAUUUCCAAAUUGAAACGGCCGAUAGAACCACAAGAUGUAGCUCAAACCGUUGGCAGCAUGGCUAGUACAAGCACCGAGACGAACAGUAAGGAUACCAAAACAGGCACUCGAAAAUGGAACGUGGAAACCUUUGUAAAGGCCGUCAAAGACAUGAAUUCGGAUUUGGAUUGGGAAAAAGUAUUUCAAUCAUUCGAUUACGAAGGUUUCAUCCUCUACGAUGCCGAAGGACUGCAAAUUUUAUUAACUGCUUGGAAGACUUGUCCAAAGGGCAUGGAGCUUUUCCCCGUGGACAACUUUUUCAGACCGUGGAGAAAUAUCAAGGGUCAACUAAGUGUAUUGCAUAAACUGAUCAAUGUGCCCGUCGAAACCUUUAACGUUGCAAUGGCGACGAAGCGAAGAAUAAUUGAAAUCGACGAUUUUGCCCCGUGUUCCAGUGAGAUCCAAGCCAUGGCAUCGCAACUUGUGAACUCGCCGUUAAAUUCUAUGCUACUGAUCGAAUGCGUACUGAAUUUAUGGGAAACUUACGUGGCGGACGAUGCCAAAUUAUUCCUGGAAAUCAUGAUCAACAAUGGUCCCGAAUUGGUCUUUUUAGGCCUUACCCAGAUACAACCGAUCAAAAAUGAUUUGCAUCAAUUGCUGCUGCGACAGUUAUUGACGGCUCUAUUGACGGGAAAUGCGGCGAGCAAACUCGUCUUGACCAAGCUGUACAAAAUUAAUGGCGAGUUUUUCAAGCAAGCGAUUCUUGAAAUGUACACAAGAGAUCAGAACACGUUGUCAUGCAUUGUCGACGUGGCGGCCCAGCUAAAACUGUUACCGACAUUGAUCAAUACGGUCCCACUAUUCUUGGCUUUGGAUUUGGCCAUGAUGGCUUUUCAACAACCCGAUUUUUCACUAGAAACUUGGCUGCAGGGGCAAUUCAAGGAGCGACAGGAGCUGAUGGCACUGGCAUGCUUCGAUUUCCUCCGACAGAAAAUCUCGGCGGUCUCUAAAACUGUCAAUAGUGCACCGACAACGGUGCCGCUCACUCCAGAAGCUAUUAGUGAACUCUUACGCAUUCUUUCUGAAAAUACGCAACGUCCGGAAAACCGUGAAGCUCUGAAAGAAGUGUAUAAUGCUUGCGUAAAGCUAUAUCCUUCCAUCGCGAAUUUACGUCCAAUGCCUGAAGCCACCGAAACCCCCACCAACGAAACGAACUUCAAACCUGAGAUUGAAGCAGAAGCCAACUCGUACUACGAACGUGUGUACAGCGAAAAAAUAUCGGUAGAUCAACUGAUUGAAAAACUCAAGGAAUUCCAUGCUUCCAAAGACCCUCACGACCAAGAUGUGCUCGCUUGCAUGAUUCAUAAUCUGUUUGACGAGUUCCACUUUUUCCCCAAAUAUCCAGAGAAAGAACUUUCCAUUACCAGCCUACUGUUUGGGUCACUGAUUCAACACAAACUCGUGUCCAAUGUUCCCUUGGGAAUCGCUUUGCGUUGCGUGCUUGAAUCGUUACGACAGCCUUUGGGAUCCAAGAUGUUCAACUUUGGCUUGCAAGCUCUCGUCCAAUUUCAAUCGCAACUUCCCGAAUGGCCUCAGUACUGUUCGCACUUGUUACAGAUUCCGGAUCUUCAGCAAGCCAACCAAGACCUGUACCGCGUCAUCACCUCUGCUUUGCAGUUGGACCCAGCUCACAUGGAUAAUCGUCCCGUGCUGCAAGUGCCUCAAGUGCGUCCACCUACCAUCAAUGAUAAACCCGACUCGGCCAAAUCGAUCAAGCCCAUGUCAACCGCUGCCGUUCACGUGCCAGAGGUACCGACGCCGGAAACCAAUCUCGUGUACGAAGCGCCCAACGUGGCUAAACAAGACAAGAUCUUGUUCAUCAUCAACAACGUGGCGCAGAACAACCUCGCAAGCAAGGUUUCUGAACUCAAAGAAGUCCUGGAUGCAUCGGCGUAUCAGUGGUUCAGCAAUUACCUGGUGGUGAAACGAGCCAGUAUUGAACCGAAUUACCAUCAAUUAUAUCUUUUACUGUUGGAUUCCGUCAACAGCAAAUUGCUCAACCAGCAUGUUCUGCGCGAGACCUAUGUGAACAUCCAAAUUCUCUUGAACUCUGAAAAGACCGUGUCGUCUUCCUCAGAACGUAGCUUAUUGAAAAACCUGGGUGCGUGGUUGGGAGGCAUGACACUGGCAAAAAACAAACCCAUUAAACAUAAAAAUAUCGCUUUCAAGGAUCUAUUAUUGGAAGGUUAUGACAAUAACCGUCUGAUUGUGGUCAUUCCAUUUGUGUGCAAAGUCUUGGAACAGUGUGGCAAAAGUCGUGUAUUCAGGCCGCCCAAUCCAUGGCUUAUGGCCAUUUUGAAAUUGCUGGUAGAACUGUACCAGUUUGCCGAUCUCAAAUUGAACUUAAAAUUUGAAAUCGAGGUCCUCUGCAAAAGCCUAUCCUUGGAAUUGAAUGAUAUUGAAGCUACUUCGGUACUCAAGGAUCGUCGCCGUAAGGAUCAGGCUGCGAAAGAAGUGUUACCGGGGGUUUUCGGUGCUACGACGGAAUCGCCGUUUGCUGUACGCGCUCGCGUACCGGGCAGUGGUACCCUCCAUCCUGCCGCAGCCGAACCGACUUCCGUGGUUGGCACUGAAGAAUUUCCGAUCGCCUUGCCGAAUCUGGCUCCCUACAUUACAUUCAAUCCACAAAUCCCACUUUAUACCAGUCAGCCCGCUUCCAAAAGAUGGAUCCUCCAAGCCAUCACUGAAUCGAUCCGCGAGGUCAUUGCUCCCGUGGUGGAGCGGUCAGUGGCUAUUGCGGUUGUAUCGACCCGGGAUCUGGUGAGCAAGGAUUUUGCCAUGGAGUCAGACGAAAAUAAAAUACGUAAAGCGGCCCACCUGAUGGUACAGAAUCUCGCUGGCAGUUUGGCCAUGGUCACAAGCAAAGAACCUUUGCGUCUCAGUAUGGUCACUAAUCUACGCACUGUAUUUGUGGCUCACGGAAUGACGGAUGCUUUAUCUGAACAAGCAGUGUUGCUGACGGUGGCUGAUAAUCUGGAUCUGGUGUGUGCAGUCAUUGAAAAAGCUGCAGUGGAACGAGCUAUUGUUGAAGUCGAUGAAGCCUUGGCAAGUGCUUAUGCCAGUCGGAAAAAACAUCGGGAGCAACGGACCAAUCAUGCUUAUUUUGAUAUGGAUGUCUUGUCCAUGUCCCGUUAUCCAGCGACACUUCCGCAACCGCUUCGUCCCAAACCCAAUGGACUGCAACCGGCUCAGUUGCGCGUGUAUGAAGACUUUGCAAGAAUUCCAAGAACCGCGCCUGCGACCACGCAAGCUUACGAUGUGGAUCGGGUCCAACGUGUGAAUCGAGCCGAUGGUGUACCUUAUGGUUACGGAAACAAUGGGGCGGCGAUGCCUGUGGUCGGUGGUAAUGCGGUCGGCGGUUUCGACAGUCCCGUGGGUCAAGUCAGUGCGCAUCAAAUCUUGGAACGGUUUGCGCAAUACAUCAACGAACUCAAAAAGCUCGCUAGUCAAACUAAUGUCGCCAGCUUGAGUGCGUUGCCCCCGCUUCACGAUAUCCGAGUGAUUAUCCGCCAAAUUCCGUUGUUGGCAAUGUCCAGCUUUGACAAGGUGGAAGCAGCAAGGACGUUCGCCCAGAAAGUGGUCCAGUUGCUGUACAAGAGCGAAACCCAGCUGUCGAUCGAGAUGUAUGUGGUGUUACUGGAACGCCUGUGCGACGUGUCACCCAAUGUGGGCACGCUGGUGACGUCUUGGCUCACGCAUGCCGAUGAUGAACGAAAGUAUAAUGUUCCUGUCACGAUGACGUUGAUCAAGGCAGGCUUAAUCAACCUCAUGGAACAAGAUCAAGAAUUAGCGGCUCUGAUCGAUAGUGGACGACCCAGUGCAAUUGAUUUCACGGCGCGAUUGAUUCGCGCUUGCUUUUUUGACGAACCUCCAUUGGCAACGCGGCAAGAAUUUUCCGCUUCGCUUGAAGCUCUCGGCCGAUUGCGUGGUAAGCUUCCGGACAGUGUGCUUGUGCUGAUGGAAGACAUGCGUCGGUUGGGUCAACCAGCGGCGGCCAAAGAACCUCAAGACGAAGAAGCGGUGAUGCGAGAAAAACUGCGGUCGUUGUUUGCCGAUUGGGUACGAUUGUGUCAGCAUCCCUCGACGACGGAGAAAGCGCAAAUCGCGUUCGUUGCGCAGUUGCCCAAGCAGAAUGUGUUGAAAUCGGAAGACGUGAUGUCCAUGUUUUUCCGGUUAUGUGUUGAAACAUGCGUGGAUCAUGCGAACAAGUACAAUUCGUUGCCGGGGCAAUCUCCAAAUCUGGCGUACCAACCCAUUGAUGCCUUGUCGAAACUGAUCGUGGUUCUCGUUCAGCUCCCGGCGGAAUCGCCCAAUCCCAACCAGAAUGCCUCCAAAGUGAACCAAUUCAGCAAGAUUUUGUCUAUCAUUGUGCUGGCCCUGGCUCAACAGCAUGAAACUCGCGCGCAGCAGUUUAACCAGAAACCGUUUUUGCGAAUCUUUACCAGCUUACUGGGUGAUUUGCAUGUGGCAGAACAACAAAUUCAGCCCAUUUACAUCCCUCUUCUGACCGCCUUGGCCAACACAUUCCACGCGCUGCAACCUUCCCACAUCCCAGGAUUCACUUUUGCUUGGUUACAACUCAUCUCACAUCGCUUAUUUAUGCCGAAACUCCUACUGACCGAAGGCCAAAAGGGUUGGGCAACUUUCCAAAAGUUGUUAGUGUGCUUAUUCCAGUUCUUGGUUCCGUUUCUACGAAGUGUGGAACUUCGUGACACGACACGUAUGUUGUAUCGCGGUACCUUGCGUGUCCUGCUUGUGCUUCUUCAUGAUUUCCCCGAGUUCCUUUGUGAUUAUCAUUACAGUCUCUGCGACGUAAUUCCUGCAUCGUGCAUUCAACUCCGGAAUCUCAUCCUGAGUGCCUUCCCUCGAAAUAUGCGGCUCCCAGAUCCGUUUACCCCCAAUUUGAAGGUAGAUCUGUUGCCAGAGAUCAAUCAAUCGCCGCGCAUCCUGUCCGACUACAUUACGCCGCUCAAGGUCAACCAUCUGAAAGAGGAUGUGGACACCUUUUUGGAAUCGACUUCGUCCGCGGCACGACAGGAAUUCCUCAGAGACUUUGCAAGUCGUCUGCGUAUGACGACGAAUGAGGAAACAGAUACAAACGAACCGGAAUACAAUGUGCCGUUGAUCAAUGCUCUUGUGUUUUACGUUGGCGUCACAGCCAUUGGCAAUGGAACACCUGUUCAUCAAGGAGCGCCCAUGGAACUGUAUCAAUAUCUUCUUGGUGCCUUGGAUUCCGAAGGUCGCUAUCUAUUCUUGAGCGCUAUUGCUAAUCAGCUGAGAUAUCCCAACAGCCACACACAUUAUUUCAGUUGUGUUUUACUUUACUUGUUUGCAGAAGGUAGCAAGGAAGUGAUCAAGGAGCAGAUUACCCGAGUAUUGCUCGAACGUCUUAUUGUGAAUCGACCGCAUCCUUGGGGUUUGCUCAUCACGUUUAUUGAACUGAUCAAGAAUCCGAGAUACAACUUUUGGAAUCAUUCGUUCACGCGAUGCGCCACAGACAUUGAACGUCUUUUCGAAAGUGUUUCCAGAUCCAUCAAUCAAACGUAA